UCUUGAUUCUAAAUCUUCUCUGUUAUAAUGACAUUUAUGUGUUAGAAACCAUUAUUAAUUAAUGAAGUGGUAACUAGAUUAUUUCCUUUUUUGUUAAUUAUAUUAUUUAUUUCCUAGUUUCUAUAUUUCCUAUUCCUAAAAGAAUAACGUUGUACGUGAAGGGUAAAAUGGGAAUUUGGUGUAGAUUAUAUAUUAGGGCUGAUACAAAGUAGGGUUCACUAGUCUCUUUCAGUAGUUGUAGCGCAGAGGGUACUUUCUGAGGGUUUUUAGUUUUCUGGUUUGCAAAGAAACUCAAAUGACUUAAAUGAAGAAGAAAAUGACGAAUGAGAAAAAGAUUGAAUUGCUUGCUUGGGUGUGCUCUGAGGUACUGUCUUAUGACGAGUAUUAUGGUGCUGAUCAUCAUUAUGAUCAUCAUCAUUUGGCUUCUUUCAUUAAAGAAAAGCGGAGAAAUAUUGACCUAAUCAAAGAAUUGGAAUCUGAAGAAAGAAAGAGGAAAGCUCUCUUUCUCUCUCUCCCUAUUCCGAAGAGACGCCGGACUACUCGUAUUGCUAUCCGGUCCUAUCGUCACCAUCAACUACCACCACCAUUGCCAUUGCCAUUGCCUGGAGAAGAAACCAACAUCAUCUUGAAAAGCAGCACCCCAAAACGACAUCGCAUUGUUAAGUUUCGACGACAAAUACAACACGAGCCGUGUAAAGGUGGCGUAAUUGAUGGACCAGACCCUCCACCGCCAAUAUCUGAAGAACUUUCCCAAAUUAUCCGUACUAUGACUCUCCCUGAUCAUCCACAACAAUCUCCUCUCAGAUUGGUUAUUCAGAGGAAACUUUUUCAAAGUGAUACUCAACCCAACUUGAAUCGUCUUCAAAUGCCUUUGAAACAGAUAAGUUCUGAUGAUUUUCUCAAUGAUGAUGAGAAGAACAAGAUCAACCAGAAGGAAGGAAUUAAGGUUCGGUUCAUUCAACCCAACCUUGAAGAAGAAAAUGACUUAACUCUCACGAGGUGGAAAUAUAAAGGCGAGAACAGUCUUUGUUAUGUGUUGAACAAAAAUUGGUACAGAGGUGUUGUUCAAAAAAAUAGACUGAAGAUGGGUCAGAUUGUUCAGGUUUGGUUUUUCAGAGAUAAAGAUGGAAGCCCUUGUUUUGCUAUGGUCAAUUUGGGCUAACACUAAUCUCAGCAUCACCACCAACAGUCUUCGUACGGCUCCUCCUCAUUUUGGUGUUAUUAGUAAAUUCAUUAGUCAGUUUAUAUUUAGUGAUUUAGAUAUAUAUAUAUAUAUAUAUAUGUGCAUAUAUAAAUGCUACUGAUUAUUAAUUGUACUUCUUAUGUAGUACAUUAUGUCUCUAAUUAAUUAGCUGAUUUAUUUAUACAUAUCUCAUUUUGGCACAG